GCGCUGCGACCGCACGCCUGCCGGCCUGCCGGGCUCGGCCUCUUGUGGCGGCUCCCGGGUGGAAGUGUUGGCGUCCGUCGCUGCUGCGGUCUUACUCUCCGCGCUCUCCAAGCCGUCUAGCGGCGGGAGCCUCUGAGCACCGGGCCGCGCCGUCGGGGUCUCACCGCGGGAAGGAGGUGACGGGGCGGCGCGGGGCGCGGACCCUCGCCGCCGAGAGCCGCCUGCCAUGGACUCGGAGUACUACGGCGGCGACCAGUCAGAUGAUGGUGGCGCUACCCCAGUGCAGGAUGAACGGGAUUCAGGGUCAGACGGUGAGGAUGAUGUAAAUGAGCAGCACUCUGGAUCAGACACUGGAAGUGUAGAGCGUCACUCAGAGAACGAACCUAGUGAUCGAGAAGAUGGCCUCAACAAAAGACAUCAUGUGACAGACUCUGAGAAUGAUGACCCCUCAAAUCUUAACGCUAGUGACUCUGAAAGUGAGGAGCUUCAAAGACAAAAAGACAGUGACUCUGAAUCUGAAGAGCAUGCAGAGCCUCCUGCAAGUGAUUCUGAAAAUGAGGAUGUCACUCACCAAGGGAGUGACUCUGAGAGUGAGGAAACCAGGAAAUUACCUGUUAGUGACUCUGAAAAUGAGGAACUUCUUAAUGGGCAUGCAAGUGACUCCGAAAAUGAAGGUGUUAGAAAGCAUCCUGCCAGUGAUUCCGAGAUUGAAGAGCUCCCAAAAAGUCCUGCCAGUGACUCUGAAACAGAGGAUGCUCUAAAACCUCAAGUCAGUGACUCUGAGAGUGAAGAACCCGCAAGGCACCGAGCCAGUGACUCCGAAAAUGAGGAGCUUCCCAAACCGCAAAUUAGUGACUCGGAAAGUGAGGAGCUUCCUAAACCUCGGGUCAGUGACUCUGAAAGUGAGGAGCCUCAGAGGACUCAAGCCAGUGACUCUGAAAAUGAGGAGCUUCCCAAACCCCGUGUCAGUGACUCAGAAAGUGAGGGCCCACCAAGGCACCAAGCUAGUGACUCUGAAAAUGACGAGCUUCCCAAACCCCGUGUCAGUGACUCAGAAAGUGAGGACCCCCCAAGGCACCAAGCCAGCGACUCAGAAAAUGACGAGCUUCCCAAACCCCGAAUUAGUGAUUCAGAAAGUGAGGACCCCCCAAGGAACCAGGCUAGUGAUUCUGAAAACGAGGAGCUCCCUAAACCCCGAGUCAGUGACUCUGAGAGUGAGGAGCCUCAGAAGGGGCCUGCCAGUGAUUCGGAACCUGAGGAUGCCGCCAGACGCAAACAGAAGCCAGAGUCGGAAGAUGAUAGCGAUGGGGAGAAUAAGGGAGAGGACGCAGAAAUGCAAAAUGACUCCUUUCAUUCAGAUAGCCAUAUAGACAGGAAAAGUUUUCACAGUUCUGACAGCGAGGAGGAAGAACCCAAAAGGCCAAAAAUGGACAGUGAUGAAGAUGAAGAAAAAGAGGGGGAGGAAGAGAAAGUAGUGAAGCGAAAAGCUGCUGUGCUUUCUGAUAGUGAAGAUGAAGAGAAAGCAUCAGCAGCGAAGAAGAGUCGUGUUGUCUCUGAUGCAGAUGACUCUGACAGUGAUGUUAUAUCAGACAAAUCAGGCAAAAGAGAGAAGACUGUAGCAUCUGACAGUGAAGAAGAAGCAGGGAAAGAAGAAUUGUCUGAUAAGAAAAAUGAAGAGAAGGAUCUGUUUGGGAGUGAUAGUGAGUCAGGGAAUGAAGAAGAAAAUCUUAUUGCAGACAUAUUUGGAGAAUCUGGUGAUGAAGAGGAAGAAGAAUUUACAGGUUUUAACCAAGAAGAUUUGGAAGAAGAAAAAAGUGAAACACAGAUAAAAGAAGCAGAAGAUUCAGAUUCUGAUGAUAACAUAAAGAGAGGAAAACAUAUGGACUUUCUGUCGGAUUUUGAGAUGAUGUUGCAGCGGAAAAAGAGUAUGAGUGGCAAGCGCAGACGCAACCGCGAUGGGGGGACUUUCAUUAGCGACGCCGACGAUGUUGUGAGCGCCAUGAUCGUCAAGAUGAAUGAAGCUGCUGAGGAAGACAGACAGUUGAACAAUCAAAAAAAGCCAGCAUUGAAAAAAUUAACGUUAUUACCUACUGUGGUCAUGCACCUUAAGAAGCAGGACCUUAAAGAAACAUUUAUUGACAGUGGUGUGAUGUCUGCCAUCAAAGAAUGGCUCUCACCUCUACCAGAUAGGAGUUUGCCAGCACUGAAGAUUCGAGAGGAGCUGUUGAAGAUUCUGCAAGAGCUACCUAGUGUGAGCCAGGAAACCCUGAAGCAUAGUGGGAUUGGACGAGCAGUGAUGUAUCUCUAUAAACACCCCAAGGAAUCAAGGUCCAACAAGGACAUGGCAGGGAAAUUAAUCAAUGAAUGGUCUCGGCCUAUAUUUGGUCUUACCUCAAACUACAAAGGAAUGACAAGAGAAGAAAGGGAGCAGAGAGAUCUAGAACAAAUGCCUCAACGACGAAGAAUGAACAGCACUGGUGGUCAGACACCCCGAAGAGACCUGGAAAAGGUGCUGACAGGAGAGGAGAAGGCUCUGAGACCUGGAGAUCCUGGAUUCUGUGCCCGUGCGAGGGUCCCCAUGCCCUCAAACAAGGACUAUGUUGUCAGGCCCAAGUGGAAUGUGGAAAUGGAGUCAUCCAGGUUUCAGGGGACCUCCAAAAAGGGUAUCAGUCGACUGGAUAAACAGAUGAGAAAGUUCACAGAUAUCAGGAAAAAAAGCAGAUCUGCACAUGCAGUGAAAAUCAGCAUCGAGGGCAAUAAGAUGCCAUUGUGACCUUGCCUGGGAUGUGUCCUCACCUCUAAGAAAUGCACAGUGGACUCUUUGGAGAAAGAAGAUAUUUUAAAAAAAUUUUUUAGUGUAUCUGUAAAUGGUUUAGCUUGUAUCAAAUGUUGUCAUAGGACUCUCACUUCUCUCAGUUGUAUUUAAACCAUUUGUUGUGAACUUUGUACAGAGGAAUACUAGUCAUACUUCUAUAAACUUUAUACAAUAAAAUUCCCUUCUGGUUUGGGGGGCUGUCUCUUCAUUGUCUUAGAGGAUGCAUUAUCAGUGGGGAUGAAAAUUGGUUCUUGGUGAGUGAAAAAGAUCUUAGAUUACAGUGAUUUGUGUCCUUUCAAAAGUUCAGUUUACCUGAUUGUGGUAUGAUAAGAAAUUUGUGUGGUCUCUAUCCUGUGUUCCUGACAGAGAGCUGCUAAAACCUAGGGCUUUUCUGAGAGAUAGGAAUGUUUUUUGUGAUGCUAAUGAGGUGACUCCUAGCAAGCUCCUAGAUAGCUUUAGGAGGGAGCUGGUCACCAGAAUGACCUACCACACAAUUAGAGACUUUGGGCAGGCCUGACCUCUGCAGGGUGAGGGGUGCUGGAGAUUAAGUUCAGUCACGUGCCCAGUGGUGUAAUCUGUCAUGCCUCAACAGUCAAGCCCUAGUGAGAAACUCCGGACACUGAAGCUCAGCGGGGCUUCCUGACUGGUGGACACGCUGAGGUGCCUUGAUUCCACAUGGAGAGGGUUCCGAGCUCUGCCUUUCCCUCCAGACCUCACCCUGUGUGUCUCUUCAUUUGGCUGGUCCCCCUAAUUUGAAUCCUUUAUAAUAAAACUAAUUGUAAAUAUA